GCAGCGUCUAACAUCAGCCGUUCCUUCAAUCGUUUUGAGCAGACUGCAGAGUUGUAUUAGUAAAAGAUCCACACUUUCCUUCUACCCACCACCCUCAACGAUCGAACGAGCGAAGCAACUGCUGCGCGUCCCAGUCGUCAGCAGCCAAGCAGCGGGGACUUAGUGUGUGAGUGUUACACGAGAGAAGAACUUGCAAGACUUAGCUGAGUCUUAACCUUUUGAAGAUGUUGUCAUCACUUAUGGAAGCAUCCAAGACGAGUCCCCUCGCGGGCCCCAGCAAGUUUGCCAGAUGCCAACCCGACGACCAGCAAUCCCUGGUCCAAGGUCGCAACAUCGCAGCCGCCGACGCUCUCCCAGGAGAUAGCUGUGAAUUUGGUUCUAACCAUUACUUCAUGCUAUGCGGUCUUGGUGGUGUUCUGUCUUGUGGUAUUACCCACACCAUGGUGACCCCUCUUGACUUGGUCAAAUGCAGAAUCCAAGUAAACCCAGAGAAAUACAAAUCUGUUGUCAAUGGAUUCCGUGUCACACAUGCUGAAGAUGGUACACGCGGUUUGGUUCGGGGCUGGGCCCCUACAUUCUUUGGUUAUUCCAUUCAAGGAAUGUUCAAGUUUGGACUCUAUGAAGUCUUCAAAGUUCAAUACUCAAAUCUUGCUGGCGAAGAGUUGGCUUAUGAGUACAGAACAAGUUUGUACUUGAUCUCAUCAGCCUCAGCUGAAUUCUUUGCUGACAUCGGUUUGGCACCAUUUGAAGCAGCCAAAGUCAAAAUCCAAACUACACCUGGCUUUGCUAAUACUCUGCGAGAAGCAAUGCCCAAAAUCAUGUCAGAGGAGGGUUUAGGUGGAUUCUACAAGGGUCUGGUACCUUUGUGGCUUCGUCAAAUUCCAUACACCAUGAUGAAGUUUGCAUGCUUUGAGCGUACUGUAGAACUUCUUUACAAAUACGUUGUGCCUAAGCCUCGUCAAGAAUGUACCAAGGGAGAACAACUGAUGGUAACUUUUGCUGCUGGUUACAUUGCUGGUGUCUUUUGUGCUGUUGUAUCUCAUCCAGCUGAUUCGGUUGUAUCUAAAUUGAAUCAAGAGAAGGGAGCAAGUGCUGUUGAUGUGCUAAAGAAACUUGGUUUUGGUGGUGUAUGGAAGGGUCUGGCACCCAGGAUUGUUAUGAUUGGUACACUUACUGCUGCUCAAUGGUUUAUCUAUGAUGCUGUCAAGGUAUGGCUUAGAAUGCCACGACCACCACCACCAGAGAUGCCAGAAUCUUUAAAAAAGAAGCUUGCACAGGCUUAAAUUGAAAAAAUAAAUGAAUUUAAAAAAUAUGAUCACUGUAUCAAAAAAACUAGAUAAAAAAUUAGACCUAUGUGGUUACCUUCACAGGCAUUGAUAAAAAAAAAGAAUAAAUAAAUCUUAGUCCAGUAAUUAUCGAUCUUUUAACUCCAGUAUUCAUUUUAUAUAUUAUAUUAUAUAAAAUAAAAUUGAUUAUAUUGUGAUUUGUUGUUUAUCAGAAUUCAUAAAAUUUUAGAAGGUAACUAUCAUUGAUUUUUCAAUGACUGUCGAUUGUUGACUUGAACAACAUACUAUGCUAAAAGUAAAAUGAGUAUGUUUUGAAUUCUGUUAUUGUGUCAGUGUUGAGGCGUUGUCACAAUGUAAAUAAAACAAUCAAUAAAAGUAUUGAAACAACUAAAGUUA